UUGAUUUAACCUCCACACAGUUUUCAUUGUUUUCUUUCAAAAAAACAACAGAAAAUUGAAGAACAAGUGUAGUUUUUAGUGACCCCCACCUCCCCUUUUCUCCUUCUUCAUCCAUCGCCAUGGAAAUGGAGCUCCACCUCCAAUAAAUAAACGACUUCUCCCACUUUCUCUCUCUCUCUCUGCCCGUCAAAAUCACUCUGAAACAGUUAUGAGUCUGUUUACUGGUGACCCACUUCCACUUUUUUGAAAUAUCUCCAUUGUUUUCUUCUUCUCCUUCUUCUUCUUCUUCUUCUUUCCCAUCCAUUUUUUUAUCAGUUUCUUCCACAAUGGUUCUCUGAUUGAGUGACGAUUGAAGUGUUGUGAUGAUGGGUUGAUUUCUUUGGUUUCGCAAUUAUGCUUUGAUUUCCAUGGUUUUUGCAGAAGGGGGAGCUUCAAACCCAAUGCUGGAUCUUAAUCUCGAAUUUGUUUCAUCUGGGUCGGCCUUCGAUUCUGUUGAGAUGGUUACUGGGAAGAUGCUGCAGUUUCCGGCGAACAGAAUGGAAAGCACCGGAAGCUUCAAUUCGUCCUCCGUCGUUAACGGCGAUCCUUCCGCCAGCACCACCGGCGAUGAGGACUCCUCCUCCAACGCCGAUGAGGCUUUCCCCUAUUCUUUCAACGCGGUUCAAGAAAGCUUAACGGCCAAAUCGCUCAGUCUUUCCGAUGACCGCCGCGACCAGACGAUGCAGCUCUUCCCGUUGACGGGCGGAUUCUCUUCUGGUUCGAGUUCUCAGAAGCGGUGGCCGGAGGUUUCUCGGCCGGAAUAUGGUUAUCGCGGCGGCGUGCCGGAGCGGGGAGCAACGGUACAGCCGGCGCAGCAACAGCAUCAGCCGAUAAGGAAGAACCGGCGGGGUCCAAGGUCUCGAAGUUCGCAGUAUCGUGGGGUUACCUUUUAUCGAAGAACAGGAAGAUGGGAAUCGCAUAUUUGGGACUGCGGGAAACAGGUUUAUUUGGGUGGUUUCGAUACUGCUCAUGCUGCUGCUAGGGCAUAUGAUCGGGCGGCGAUCAAGUUCCGUGGGAUCGACGCAGACAUUAAUUUCAAUGUCAGUGAUUAUGAUGAAGAUAUUAAGCAGAUGAGUAAUUUCACCAAGGAAGAGUUUGUUCAUAUUCUUCGUCGCCAUAGCACCGGAUUUUCGAGGGGGAGCUCGAAAUACAGGGGAGUGACUCUGCAUAAAUGUGGGCGAUGGGAAGCUCGGAUGGGCCAGUUUCUGGGCAAGAAGUACAUUUAUCUUGGUCUCUUUGAUAGUGAGAUAGAGGCUGCAAGAGCUUAUGACAAGGCUGCCUUGAGAUGCAAUGGGAAGGAGGCUGUUACCAAUUUUGAACCAAGUUCUUAUGUGGCUGAGAUGGCUUCUGAGACUGAUGCAGGAGAAGACAACCAGAUUCUUGACCUGAACUUGGGAAUUGCUCCCCCAAACAAUCUUUCUGACGCCCAAAGUGAGAGCAUUGACAUUUAUGGCAAUGGCUUUCAUCACGGCUUGCACGACUUUCUCGUCGAUAGAAGAGCGACGCUUGAAAACUCUGUUUCAGCAGCAAUUCGAUCAUCUCAGGCAUAUGGCUUUGCAGUGCCAUCUGAUUACCAUUCUUCUUGGAAUGUUUCAAACUCCAGUUUCUUUCCCAUCGCGAGGGAAAGAGCAACAGAGAUGAGGAAUUUGGGGGUUGGGUCAUGGGAGUGGCAAAUCCAUAGCCCACCCACAGCCUCUGUGCCACUCUUCUCUGCUGCAGCAUCAUCAGGAUUCCCUUUUUCUUCUGCUUCUUCUUCAUCUUCUUCUUCAACUGCCAUUGUUUCACCAUUUUCAGAGCUCCAUUGUCCAGCAAUCUUCCACCACCAUGCUUCUGCACCACCCAUCUCCAACGGCAGCAACUUCUCCAACUUCUACUGUAGGAGUUGAUGAACAAAGAUGAACACACUCACAGUUCAAACUUCAAAGGUAUUCUUUGUUUCAGAGAGAUUAUUAUAGGUAGCCUUGAAACUGACUGGCCUUUGUAUGGGCUUUUAUAGAUUCUCACCAUAUGGAAAUUACUAGAGGAUUUAAACCAAGAUGUUGGGAAUUUUAAUACUUUUUUCCUAUGUUUAUGUUCAGUGAAGUUAUGCAUUUUAAGCUUGGUUUGCUCUUA